AUGGCAGCGCAUAUCUCAUUUACUGACGAGCAGGAGCAAGCCUUGCGGCAGGUCGCAGCCGAGUCGCUUUUCUUGCAUUCUGCGCAUUCUGAGGAGACAGCGACGUAUCUGCUGGACAGGAACGACUUCUGGGUGGUAGUGAUGGGUGGGCGCCCGAAUCUGCCCGACCCCCCAUCACUGCCAGAUUCGAGCCCCAAACGCCAACAAGUCGAGGAGGAAGCUCUAGACGAACAUGUUCCGACAUUGCCUCGUCGGAACCCGCCACGCACUGCUAAACCUCAGGAGCCGUUACUGACAGAAAUGAGCCCCGACAGUCUACAAAGAGUCGAGGACAAAGCUAUGGGCGUAAAUGUGCUGAAACGGCCUCGUCGGAAUCCGCCGCGCGCUGCCAAAUCCCAGGAGCAGGAAGCGUGCCCGUCUCUGCCUGACUCCAGGCCUAAGCGACCGGCCGAGGACGAAGCUCCGGACGGAAAUAGACCAAAAAGGCCUCGUAUAUACCGACGCGAUCCGGUUGGAGCGUGUCCGUAUAGCAGACCCUUGUUGCCGACUAGAGAACUGGUUUUCGAGGCAAUGCUGAACGCCCCUGAUCAGCAGAUGGCCAUCCAGGACAUCAAACAGUACCUUCAGAGUCAUUACCCGUGGUUUACGUGGGGGUCUGCGCGCAGAGAUGUGACCACCAGAAUUCGACAGGCACUGGGCGAGCGGAGGCAGGCGCUCAAGCGGUUGGAAGAAGUACCAGGGCAGGAAGGGUAUUGGCGAGUGAAAGCUGAGUAUCUACAGUAUCUAAGCCAUCUCGGAAGCAUUCCUGAGGAGUGA